AAGACUUACAAUCUCUUCCUUUCUUUGUCGUUCUUACUUAUAUUGUUAAUAUUGUUCAUAUUGUUCAUAUCGUUGUCGUUUUUUUAUACUGAUCCGUAUAUAUAUUUAACUAUAUCUAUACUGCAACGACUCGACCUCCUUUUGUUUCUCCUAUAUAUAUUCCUCUCCAGCUCAUCGGUUGGUUCUUCACUUCCAUUGCAUUUGUCUUUUCCGCAAAAGCCGUCUUUCUUUCAUCUUGCAUCGGUGUCUCAGCAUUGCCCUACGCUUUGUACAUACCAUAGACAACCACCUUCACUUGCAAAAGUCAAUUGACAUUCAACUCAUUCGUUUGGUGUACCUCCGCAUCCCUCAUUGUCUACCUUAGAUGGCCGACUCACAUUAGAACGUCUAGACACAUAGAACAUUCGUCUGAAAUAUUCAGAAAUCCUUCAUUAGCCUCAUUAGACAUUUCAUUUAUUCAUUUCCUACCAUGACGACCUAUUCCCACUCGCCUGAUGCCUUCCACCAAGUCCGCAUGUAUAACUCGUCAGUCAAGUCAUCCAACUUCCACUUGCAGUCGAUGGAGUUCCAGUGCCAUUCAGCCGCUGUGUGUGACUACCAGAUGGAAAUGCUCCACCACUUGCUAUCAAUGGAAACAAAGACUUUACCAUCGCUAAUGCUUAUCGAACAGCAGCCUGAGAUCAAGUUGGGCAUGAGACCGCUUCUUCUCGACUUUUUGAUGGAAGUCAUCACCAUUCUCAACUUGCUGAAAUCUACUUUCCCCUUGACGGUGAAUUUGAUUGACAGAUACUGCUCCACAAGAAUCGUCAAGAAACAGCACUACCAAUUGUUGGGAUUGACAUCCCUCUGGAUUUCCUGUAAGAACUUGGACUCGAAGUUCAAGAUUCCCACCUUGAACGACUUGAGAAAAAUCUGCGUGGACAGCUACCACAAAGAACUCUUCAUCGAGAUGGAAAAGCACAUCUUGAAGUCGUUGGAAUGGAUGGUGAACUCUCCAACAUUUGACUCCUUCAUUGACUUGUACUUGUCGAUUUUGAUCAACAACCUGUCGAAUCCAAACGUUGCCAACUUGAUCAAGAAGUCAAAUCACAGAGUAAAGUUGUUGGCUACAUAUUUUGGAGAGUUGUUCCAAUUCUACCCCAAUAUCUACUUUGAUUACACUUCUUCGCAAAUUGCAUUGAUCUCGAUCCUUGUCGCCAUCUUGACGUUGAAGAUCCCCGUCAACUUGAUCUCCUUGUUGAACUACUUCAACGACUUGUUGAAGACAAAGGAAUACAAAAGUAAUGUCACCAACCCUGCUGAGGACUUUGACGAGAUCUUGUCUGUGUCAACUUUCCAGAGCUUGUUCACGAAGGCUUUCUUCAAGAACUUGAUAAAAAUCAUCGACAACCCUCCCAAGAGCUUGGUGAUCAAGUACUUCUCAGAAAACGGAAAGUACACACAGUUGAUGACAGCUCUGGUGCGAUGCGCUACCGAGUCCUUGGCUACCAUGUUGGAACCACCAGUAACACCCAGAAUAUACUCUGGCAACUCCAAGGACGCGUUGAAGAGGAACGUCAACAUCAUCACCACAAUGUUGCCGCUCACUCCCAUCUCCAACAGCACCAGUCCCAGACGUUUCGAUGCUGAGCAGAUCUUUUCUGAUAAUGAAUCAUCAACUUCCACAUCUACAUCCAUUGCUACUUCUAAUGCUAUUGCUGCAGUUACAGGUACGGGCCAUAGCAAGAGAUCAUUUGACUGUGUUGCUGAAACUGACAUCAGCACAUCUAAGAUUGGACAGUCUGAUUCGGAUCUUAAGAGAUCCAAGAGCUUGUCCACGAAGCCUGUGUUUUUCAUUCCAUGAUCUGGAAUACGAUAUUUCCGGGUCUGGAAUUCAUGUUAACGACUAACGAUGCUACAUAGUUUGCCGAGUGCUCCCGCUGCAUGGAUAACUGGCUUAUCCCAUAGCACUCUAGACAUAUUACUUAUGUAAUCUGUUGCUUUGGUACACUGUUCAUUACAUUUAUUGCGAUUCUUUACUUACUACACUAUGGGAAAUGUUAUGGUGCCCUUAUAUACACAAGUGCUUCGGUGCUUUCUUCUAACCCCCAGCCGGACAUUUAGUCAUGUCCACCUAAAUAAACCAAAAAACUCUUCAGUUCGUCUUUAUCAGUUCCAAACACUCCUCGUCAUUCUAUCGCACAGCAUAUUUAUAGUUAGCAGUUGUGGUGAUCUUUCUAUCGAUUAAAUACAUAUUCGUCUUCUACA